AUGCAUCGCGCAUUUCAUCACCUUCCCAGCUUACCGUCAGAAGUACAACUCAUGAUCCGGGACGCCGCCGUCCUGGACCGUCCGUUUCCAAGCGCACAUGAGGCCCAGGCGAUGCUGCGCCGGUUUCCUGAGACGCGGCCCGACGCCGAGCCGGCCGAGACGGUGACGGCGCUGGCGACGGACGACCAUGGCGUCACCCGACGCUUGACGAUGGUCACGUCUCAGGACGUCUUCAUCUUUGAGCAGAGAACUUCAUCGUGGCCUUUGCGGACCCGAAGCGCACCAUCGACCGCGGCUCCGGCGUGCCGGCGUCCCGCGGCAGCGCAUGAAAGAACGUCCGGUCAAUCCCAGACUAACAAACUCAACGGGCCGUUGACGCUUAAGGAUUUGCGCCACAUCGGCAUCAACUUUUCCUACGACUGGCUGGUGCUGGACGAUGACGUGAGAGUCGCGAGCGGAGCUGAGAGCCAGCUCGAAGCCCUCAUCAAGGUCGCGGCGCGCUUGUCAUCUCACACGAUUAUCUACCUGUACAACGAGGACCUGGUUCUCACCAAUGACGACAAAUGUCAAUGCCGGGGCUGCUACGACAACGACUACAACGCCAAUAACGUCCUCCACGGCGACCCCGACGACUGCAUGUUCUUCGGACAGAGGGCCACAUAUUGGAGCUAUUUCAUAAAGCUGGGGUGGCAGCUCGGCGAGUAUUCUUGGAAGGGCCAUGCUCGCCACGAGAUUCGCAACUUUAUCUCUAUCCUGAACCGGCGCGUUGCCCAGUUUAGAUCGGGAAGCACGUGGGACAACCCCUGGGACGCCGUGUUUACCGGCUCAAGUUUUCGCUUGCUUACGAAUGGACGCCAAAGGUAA